AUUGGACCGACUUCCCAGACUGUGAACUGCCGGGUCUGCGGUCGAGAGGAAGCGACAGUGGUGAAGCUGUGCACUUCCUGUGCGCAAGCUGCUUCUUGGUGAAAUGUUCCAGUCAUUCUCUUGACAGCCCUUGCGGCGGAAGCGGCGUUCGACUCUCGAGCCUGCGGGCUGUGGCUGUGGGCCACGGUUUUAGCGUUCGGCUGCUGUUAAGGUCAUUCUGCAGCGAAUAUGAUUGGUAUCAUCAAUGAGGCCGCAAAGCUGUUCGUGCUGGACAGUUAUGGCCAGGAGGUGUGGGACAAAAUCGUGGAGACCACGGGUGUGGACCCGCACUUCAUCAGCGGUUGCCCUUAUGCGGACGAGCAGACCUACAAGAUCCUGGGGGCUGUGGCGGAGUUGAAGGGCGAGGCCCUGGGCGACGUGAUGGAGGCGGCCGGGCUCCACUUCAACACCGUCUACAUCGUCAAGCGGGGCUAUGACCGGCUGCUGCGCUGCAUGGGCGGCAACCUGGUGGAGUUCCUACAGAACCUGAACGUCUACCACCUGCACCUGUCUGUGACGUUCAAGGAGAUGAACCCGCCCGCCUUCAAUGUCAGCGAGGUGACGCCCCAGUCGCUCAUCUUCCAUUACGCCUCCCAGCGGCCGGGCCUGACGCGCUUCGCCAUGGGCCUCAUCCGCGGCGCCGCCCGCACCCUGUUUGACACGGAGGUGGAUGUCAGCGUGCUACAGCUGCGGGACGAGCCAGCAGCCGCGCCGCCGCCGGCAGCGGCUGUAGCAGAUGCUGCCGCAGCAGCAACAUGCGCCGCAGGGGCCGGCGCAGCUGGCCCCGGCCCGUGUGAGAGCGCUGCUGGCGUGCCGCUGUGCUCCGCUGAGGGCUGUAGCACAGGGCUCGCCGGGCCGCGAGGAAGCGAGUCGGGGGAAUACGAGCUCCGCACGUCCGCGCCGGCUGCUGCUGCGCCGCCCACUCCUCCGCCCCCCCUGGACCACGACAAGCUGUUGGUGCUGUUCCCGCACCAGCCCUCGGUGCAUCACCACGCCGCCACCGCCUCCAGCUGCCGACUGGCCAUCGACCCUGCCACGCUGUUUAAGCUGUUUCCCUUCCACAUAGCCUUCGACUCGGAAUGCCGCAUCGUGCAGGUCGGCCGCGCGCUGUUGCGCAUGUACCCAGGCAUGAAGCCCGGACGGCGGCUGUCUGAGUUCUUCACGCUGCGUCACCCCUACUUUGAGAUGUCGUUUGAGCGAGUCAAGGAGCGGCUGGACUCGGUGUUCGUGCUCAAGGCGCUCUGCAAUGGCAUGGAGCUCAAGGGCCAGAUGACACACAUGCUCAUGCCCGCGGGCACGGGCGACCACAACCCGGCCCGCUCCUACACGCGCAUGGUGGUUCCGCCCACGGGUCUGGAGGUCAUCCACUCGGCUUUGGCGCGAAUGCACGAGCCGGGAACCAGCGGCGCCGCCAGCGCCCACGGCGCAAGCAGCUACUACAACGCCGCCCCCGAGUCCACCGUCGCCUCUCUCACAGGCAGCUUGGCCUGCCCGCACAUGGCCUCUCUCUCGCAACAGCAGCAGCAGCAGACGCGCUUCCAGGGCCAAUCGCAGCAGCCGACUCUGCCGCUGCACCUCUUGGCGCCCAGCGUGGCGAUGGAUCUUCUCGGCACCAGCACCGGUACCGGCCAGGACACAGGCAGCGCAUUCCUGGCCACCAAAGGGACGGGCACGGGCACGGGUACAGGCGGCUUCAUGGCGAGUGGUGGCGGCUGCGGCGGCGCCAACCCGCUGUCCUCCCGCUCGUCCUCAUUCGGCAGUCUGGGUGGCGGCGGGCACAGCAGCCAGCUGUGUGGCGGCUCGCAGUCCCAGGGCGCGGGCGGCGGUCGGGGCUUGGAACCGGUGAUGCUGUUCCUGGGCAGCCCGCGCAUUGGCAACGUGGACGAGCUGCGGACUUACGGGCUGUACGUCAGUGACCUGCCACUGUUUGACAACAGUCGCGAGAUGAUUCUGUCCAUGGAGCAGCGCACGGCGGAGGCCGCGCUUAAAGACAGCUUCGAGCGGCUCAGUAUGCAGCUGGAGGAGGAGCGGCACCGCACACAGCAGCUGCUGUACCAGAUGAUCCCGCGCCGCAUCGCGGACGUGCUGCGGUCGGGCGAGCGCUUCGAGGCAGAGACCUACCACGACGCAACCAUCCUGUUCUCGGACAUCGUGGGGUUCACCACCAUCAGCGCCGGCUCAACAGCCAUGGAGGUCUGCAACAUGCUGGACGAGCUGUACAACGAGUUUGACGCACUGCUGGAGUCGGACAAGUACAAGGCCCUGUACAAGGUGGAGACCAUUGGCGACGCCUACAUGCUGGUUGCCAACGUGACGGAGCCGUGUGUGGAGCACGUGGACGUCAUGUGCGACUUCGCGCUGGACAUGGCGCGGGUGUGCAGCCGCGUCAAGACCAACCGCGGGCAGCCGCUGGAGAUUCGCGUGGGCAUCCACACGGGCUCGGUGGUGGGCGGCAUCGUGGGCCGCCGUAUGCCGCGGUUUCACCUCUUCGGCGACACAGUCAACACGGCCUCCCGCAUGGAGAGCCACGGCGUGCCAGGCAGUGUGCACAUAUCCGGCGCCAGCCGCCGCUUUAUCCGCCACCCGCAGCGCUACCUGAUCACGGAGCGAGGCGAGAUCAGCGUCAAGGGCAAGGGUCUCAUGGAGACCUUUCUGGUGUCACGCGCCGACAACCCCACCACCGCCCACAUCCGCGCCAUCGUCGCCUCCUCCGCCGAGAAGCUGCCCUGCCUCAGCGGCGCCGCCAGCCGCCUGCCCCUGCCCUACCCGCAUCCCGCCAGCGCCCAGGCACGCGUGGCCGCCAUGCGCCGCGUCGGCUCCUUCGUCAGCCGCGGCACCAAGCCCGUCCUGGCGCCCAGCCCCGCACACGGGCCGGCAGCACUUGCGAUGGAGGCGCGCGGCAGCAACGCACUGACACGGUCUGAUGGCCAUGCCGGCGCGGGCGUGUCGGUGUCAGCUGGUGCCAACGUGCAGCUGCUGCCGCCACAGCAACAGCCGCAGCUGCACAGCCCCGGCAGCUCGGGUGCGGGCCUUGCGGGCCUGCAUGUGCUAUGUGGAGGCGGCGACGGCGGCAAUGGUGACACGGGCGGCGCGAUGUCACCGAUGGGGUUGCUGUCACCGCGCGGGCCGGCGGCUCCACCGCCGCAGUUCAACACACGCGCGCCGCAAGCCGCCGCAACGGCAGCAGCUGUGGAGGCGGCGCAGUCGGCGCGAGCUGCGCACGCUGCGGCGGUGGCGGCAGCGGCCGCCGGCGGCAUUGAUGCGAUGGCGACGGUGUUGACGGAAAUGCAGGGCUCGCCGGCGAUGGCGUUCGGCGGCACGUUCAGUGUGGGCCGGCCGCGGCAGCCGGCGGCGGCGCUGCAAGACAGCGGUGACGGGCUCCCAGCAGCCAAGGCGGCUUUGGUGGCGGCGAUGCGAGUGGAUGACACAGCAGCCGGCGCAAGUAGGCAGCAGCACAAGCUGGUCAGUGCCGGAGGAGGCACCGGCGGCGGCGGCGGCAGCAGCACUGCGAUGGAGUCGCCGCGGAUGGCUCUGGCGUCGCAGUCUAGCACACACAACGGCACGUCCGCUUCUCCUCAGCAGGUGCAGCACCCGCACCCGGCACCGCAGCACCUGCAGCACCCGCCGGAGGCGACGCACCACCAGGAGCAGCCGGACCUGCUGCACCUGCUGCCAACACUGCAGUUGCACCUGCCGCCGCAGCUGCCGCCGCAGCUGUCUGGCUCCGGGACAACAGGGCCGGGGACCUCACGCUUUGCGCCGUCGGGGGCGAGCACGCCGCCGGUGGCCACAGCGGCUGCAGCAGCGGCCGGCGGCGGGGGCGGCUUGGCCAGCAUGGCCCGAGAUGCCGCCAGCAGCGGCCCCGGCACGCCGACAGCGGAUGGCGACCUGGCGCACACGUGGCGGUUGGGGCCCGACUUCCUGCCGGUCGCCAGCAAGGCCGCGGCGGGCACCUUGGCUGUGGCGGCAGGUGCCGCGAGAGUCAAAGCGACUGCCGCAGGCGGCGCCACUAUCGGCAGCGGCACCUGUGGCGGCGGGGCCAUGAGCCCUCUGGUGCUGGACCAGGGCUGGGACGGACUGUUGCAAGGGCUGGCAGACCUUGACGACGCCAGCCGGGAGGAGUUGUCGGCGGCGGCGGCCGCCACGGCGGCGGCGGCAGCGGCCUGGCGGCAACAGCAGCAGAACCUGAAGCAGCAGCUGCGCCGCAUUCUCACACCGCCCGGGCUGCCCACGCUCUCCGCCGCCGGCACUGCUGCAGCCACCGCGGCAAGUGCUACAGCGCCCGGCUGCAGCACCGCCAGCAUGCCACCGAUUCUUCACGGGGCCGGUUCCGGCGACUUUGGCGGCGGCACCGGUGCUGGCGGCAGUGCCUCUUGGGUUGCGGGCCCGCAUGCCCGCGCCUUCAGCGGCUUGCUCAUCCCGGGUGCCGCCACGCCUCCAGGGCUAAGCUCCCCGCGGGGGCCCGCGGGGGCCGGCGACGGCGGCGGCCUGGGCUCACAGGCGCGUCGACGCAUGGCGCGAGCACGCAAGCCCUCCUUUGUGCUGGCUGUUUCGCCUGUUGUGGGCAGCGUACCGACCGGCGGCGGCAUGGAGCAGGCUUUAGACCUGCUGGAAGCUGACGUGCUGGAGAUGCUGGCACAUGCGUCGUCUUCAUCCGCCCUCGGCCCGGCGGCAACUGCAGCAUGGCCGGCUCGGCAGUCGCCGCCGCCAUUCAUGCCGCACCCGCAGGCGGUGAUGGAACCGGGACACACCGCGGCCGCUGCGGCUGCUGGCGCCCAGCCGCCACCGCACGGUGCUGCAGGCACACAGCAGCAACUAAAGCUACAGGUACAGCAACAGCUGCAGCUACAGCUACAGCAGCACUACGUCGGGCAGCUACAGCAGUUGCAGCAAUUUCGCCAGGCGGCAGCCCCGCAGCAGGCGGAUGAGGCGACUGGCGUGUCGCUCAGCUUCCAUCUGCCGCACGCGGUCCAAUCGGCUGCGCCGUUCCCUCCCGGCGCCAGCACCGACCCGGCACAGGGCGGGGAUGGCGCCCAGGUUGGGGGCACUCAGGAGGACUGGUAUGCAGACGCCUACAUGCCGGCGGAAGAGGAGGAGGGGGCGGAGGAGGAGGAGGACGAGGAGGGUUCGCCCGGGUUUCACGGACGCCAUCGGCUGGCGAGGCGCCAUCUAACAGAUGACUUGCAGGAAGAAAACGACGAUGAGGCGUGGUAUGACAGCUGACGAGGUACCCCGACGUGGACUUACGCCAAGCGAAAUAGCGCCAACGCAAGCAAAAUACGUUCGCAAUCUAGGUACGUUAUUCAUACAUAGCGUGCUGAGGUCGGCGUCCGUGUCCAUCAGAUGUACGGUCAUUAUCGUGCGUCGAAAUGGGCGAACGGAAGGACCCCUCCUGUUUGCAUGUCUCACAUACAUACUGCCGCAGCGCAGAUGCAUAGCAUUGCAGAAGCUGGCUUGCAAAGGCUCCGCUGCACUCGAGGGCAACAUAGAACACUCGUGUAGCUAAGGCCAUGUGGGCCUGUGGCUUGCAGCCGCGAGGUUAAGCGAUGUUCCGGAACGGGGCGGCACAAGCUCGCAUGGGGACAGCGGGUGUGCCAUGCCCAUACAGUAAUGGGAAAUGAUGCUGUGUGGUUCGCCCGUACCGUAAGUACAAGAUUGACCCUAUUUGGGCAAGUACAUGAGUAAGGGGACACCGGAAAAGUAGGAAGGGUUCGGUGUGUGCAGUACAAACAUGUGCAGCGUUCGUAAAAUCAGUGCAUCAAGAUCUGAACUCAAUCCAACCCCCCCCCCCCCGCACGUUCGCUGGCGCUGUUGGCCAUUUGAGCAAUUCGUUGCAAUAAAACAUGCAGUUGACAGCUCCUCGGUCUGUGUCUAAGGGUGCACAUAGAGACGCGUGUGAUGUGCCGCCAUGUAAUGCGCGUGCCGCCAUGUAGUGCGCUUGCCGCCGUGUGAGAAGGGUCUACAUCGCAUGCCUCUGCUAGUUGCAGCUGUAGCGAGGACACAGAGUGGUUCAUUUAGCUGCGGGUUAGCACGGACUGUGCACCCCACCCAACCGGCCACGUCCGGAUUUGCGGGGAUGCCAAAGGCCCCCAACAUAGAGGCAUGUGCUUAGUAGGCGCCCGCGUCAAGGUGGCUGGGUUGAUAACGACCCGGGAGGGGAGGGCUCAGCCCUUUUCCUGCCUCCCUAAGGCAGCCACCUCCUUGUUGACAGCCCUGUCUUGGAAGCGCUGGGUGUUGUUCCCGGGGUGUUGCCUGUCGGCGCGGGUUAGCGUAUGGUGCUCUGGGAAGUAUACUUUACUUACCGUAUGAUGCGUGUGCAUGCAUGAGGCGGCCGACGAAGAUAAGCAGCCGGUGUGGUUACUGUGCAAGAGGCGGGGUCGGCGGAUGUAAGGCGUGCAUCCCUGCCACUGGGGGCGUCUGGCAGGGAGGGGUUGCCGCCGCGCUGGGCGGUACGGGCGGCAGUGCGCCGCGAAGCAUGCGCCGCGUGGCCUUACGCUUUACCCCUGAGGAGUGUCUGCAUGCUGUGUUGGUGUGCAGUGGGUGCAGAGGCGUGCGCUAGGUGCGGCUGGGGCCGGGGCGAGAGGGACAAAGGUCGCCGCUGCGUGGGAGUUGUCAAAGCGUGUGUGGUUGUGCCAUGUACUGAGGCGACUUGUGCGGCCAAAGUGUGGGGCGAGGCGGGAAGGAUGCCUACGUGUCGCGGACGUGACUAGUUUGUUAGCUGCGGGUUAGCACGGACUGUGCACCCCACCCAACCGGCCACGUCCGGAUUUGCGGGGAUGCCAAAGGCCCCCAACAUAGAGGCGUGUGCAAUUUGCGUGUGCUUAGUAGGCGCCCGCGUCAAGGUGGCUGGGUUGAUAACGACCCGGGAGGGGAGGGCUCAGCCCUUUUCCUGCCUCCCUAAGGCAGCCACCUCCUUGUUAACUCAACAAGUGCGGCUGGGCUGUAGGGUACGAGCGAAGGCGUGCACGAAUGCACGAUGGCUGGACUAGCGUCGUGGGUGGGGGGUGGGAAAGAGCACCCGACGAACACACAAGCACACGUGGGAAAGCGACGCAGCACUUCCAGUCUUUAUGUCCCAUGUGCGACGUCCGCAGCGUGCUGUCCGCAAUCCGGGCACCCAUGCGCACCCAUGACUCACGCGGGUGCUGUUCCCGGCGGCCGCACACACACACGGGAAGCCUACGACUUUCCUUACUUCCUUGUGCUCUCGCCAACACCCAGCAGCCGAUUGUAAAAUCAUCUGUGA